AUGUUGCUUCCCAACACGAUAACGCAGCAUCAAUCCUCAGCAUCGGCUGGCAGCACGUGCAAACCAGGAAGCACAUCCCUCACCUUGCGAGUCAGCACCUUUCGCCCACCUAAUGUGACAAGAAAGUCCAUAGCUCAGAAAAGGAGGCCAGCCACCGUCACAUCAGCGCAGGCAGCCGAGGUUCUGGCAGUGCCACAGCCUGAGAAAGCCGAUGCCCAUGAAGAGAAGAAAAAGAUAGCUAUCUUUGUUGAGCCCAGCCCCUUCAGCCAUGUUUCAGGCAUGAAGAUCCGGUUCAGCAACCUCAUCAAGGGCCUGAGGCAACUCGGCGACGAUGUCAUGGUUGUCACCCCCUGCAUCAACCCCCCAAAGACCUUCCACGGCGCCAAGGUGGUGAACGUGCUGGGCUUCAGUCUGCCCUUCUACCGGUCUCCCACGCUGCUGCUCUCGCUGGGGCUGUCAGUGCGGGUCCUGUACUUUCUGAUCACCCAGCGGCCUGACGUCAUCCAUGUGUCAUCGCCUGGGCUGCUGGUCUUUGCUGCCACCCUGUACGCUAAGCUGCUUGCCAUCCCCCUUGUGGUGUCGUACCACACGCACAUCCCGGAGUACAUCCCCAAGUACACCUGGAAGGGCCUGGUGGGGCCCAUGUGGCGAGUCAUCCGCUUCAACAUCCUCAUGGCUGAUCUCACCCUCGUCCCCUCCAAAACCAUGAAGACGGAGCUGAGCAGGAACAAGUGCCGGCCGCAGCGCAUCGACGUGUGGCAGCAGGCGGUGGACACGGAUGUGUUCAACCCGGGGUUCAGGAGCGCUGAGAUGCGCGCGCGCAUGUCCGGCGGCAAACCAGACUCAGUCAUCCUCACCUAUGUGGGUCGCCUUGGCGCAGAGAAGAACCUGGAGGCGCUGAAGGGAAUGAUGGAGCGCCUUCCUUCCAACGUGUGCCUGUGCUUUGUGGGUGAUGGCCCCUCGCGGCCUGACCUUGCCAAGCGCUUUGAGGGCCUCCCAGUCUACUUCACGGGUAUGCUGCGGGGCGAGGAGCUGUCGUCAGCGUACGCAUCAGCAGAUAUCUUCAUGAUGCCCAGCGAGACAGAGACGCUCGGAUUUGUGGCACUUGAGGCCAUGGCUUCUGGCCUGCCCGUGGUGGCAGUGGCAGCUGGCGGCCUUGUGGACAUCAUCACUAAGCCGGGCUACGCAGGUCACCUGUACGCGCCGAAUGACUACACGGCAGCCACAGAGCUGACGAGGAAGCUGGUGCACGAUGUGGCUGCGCGCGAGGCAAUGGGGCAGGCGGCUAGGGCGCAUGUGGAGAAGCUGGGAUGGAUGGCGGCUGUGAGGAGGAUCCGCGACCACCAGUACCAGCGCGCCAUUCACACAUUCAGGGCGCACAAGCGGUGCGCGGCCCUUUUUCUACUCCCCAGAAACCUAUUUUGGAAGGCGAUUUCUCUCUUCAAACAUAGGUAUCGGAUGUGA